UCUCUUUACAGACACAAAAUAUAUAUAAUAUAAUUAUUUUUGAAUUUUUUUCUCUAAUAAGCCAAGUAGAGAUUAGACAUAGAGGAGAUUUUACAAUGCUAGAAUGGCUCAGUACAGGCAACAGUAUCAAUACAGCAAUGGAACGACGUCAGAUCACGUGGCCAUUGGUGUUCGAGGAGGUGGAGGAGGCGCCAGCAACAAGGCAGCUCGAUGUCGCCGAUCGGGACGCGCCGACAGGAGCCGCCGAAUCUUCUUCGGUUCUCUCGUCGUUGUUUUGAUCCUCGUGCUUGUUGUAACCGUUCUCGUAUACUAUUACAUCUCUUCUGAUAAUAAUGACAAUCGUAAAGAUUUAAUUAGUUACCAAUCCGAGGAUGAUGAUUUGAAGGGUGAUUCUGAUUUCCUCACAAAUGUGACACGAAUAGAAAAUUUUAAAAUCCUUAACUUUGGCAAUGGUUCUGUAUCACAUGGUCGUGAUUCACGAUAUUGGGAUAGGGAUGAUAGGAGAAGGGAUGAUGAUUACAAUGAGGAUGCGGUAGAGAACAAUAUAACGGAUUCUAGAGAUGCGUCUCUUGAUGGUGACCAUGUUCCCACGAAAGUAAAGAAUAAGAAGGGCGGGCCCCUUGAUUCUGAUAGGAACAUGGAUCGUAGAGUUGUUGGGUUGUACAAUGAAGCUGGGCGCAAUGAAUUAAAAAUGUUCGAAGCAGAAUAUGAGGCAUCUCUGAAGAAUGGGGGCAAAUCAAAAAAAGAACUUGGAAAUAUUCACCAGCUUUUUGACAUUAAGGAAUUACGUGAGGAGGUUGAUGAUGCUGAUGACCAGUAUAAUGAUGGCAUUGAUUCUAGUGAUACUCAAAAGGAUGAAUAUGAUGAUUUUACUCGUGACAAGGACUACAUUUUAGAUGAACCAAAAUCUCAUGAUGAGAAUGUUAAUGAGUCCUCUACCUCCUUCAAUGCUAAAACUAACAAAGAACAUAUUGUUAAAGAGGCUAAGGAAGAAUCCACUUUAUCUAGAGAGACCUCCCAAGAUGUUGUUGAUGGUUCCUUUAGUCGUAAAUCUGGAAAAAGCCCAAAAACAGGUUCAAAGAAAAAGCCAAGGCGCCGGAAAUUUUCAGGUUCUUGUGAGAUUAAAUUAAUAAAUUCAACACACCUUGUGGAGCCUGUAGAAAGUAGAAAGUUUGCACGAUUUUCCUUACAGUAUACACAAGUGGAGGAGAAGCCUGAUGGAGAACAAUGGAUACCUAGAUUUGCUGGGCAUCAGAGUUUACAAGAACGUGAAGAAUCUUUUUUGGCACGCGACCAAAAGAUAAAUUGUGGGUUUGUUAAAGGUCCACAAGGAUAUCCAAGCACUGGCUUUGAUCUGGCAGAAGAUGAUGUGAAUUAUAUCAGCAGGUGCCACAUUGCUGUCAUAUCUUGCAUUUUUGGAAAUUCAGAUCGCUUGAGGACACCUGCUGGCAAAAUGGUCACUCGUUCCUCAAGGAAAAAUGUCUGCUUUGUUAUGUUUGUGGAUGAACUUACGAUGCAAACACUUUAUUCAGAAGUUCAAACACCUGAUGGUGGUUUUAUUGGUUUAUGGAAGAUAGUGGUUGUAAAGAAUCUUCCUUAUGAUGAUAUGCGCAGAGUGGGAAAAAUACCAAAGAUGUUACCGCAUCGACUAUUUCCUUUUGCAAGGUACUCAAUCUGGUUAGACAGCAAACUGCGUCUACAACGUGACCCCUUACAACUCCUGGAUUACUUCUUGUGGCGAAAAGGUCACGAGUAUGCCAUUUCUAAUCACUAUGACCGUCAUUGCCUAUGGGAAGAGGUUGCACAAAAUAAGAAGCUAAACAAGUAUAAUCAUACAGUCAUUGAUGAGCAAUUUGAAUUCUAUCAGGCCGAUGGACUGAAAAAAUUCAACGCUUCUGAUCCCAAUAAGCUUCUUCCUAGCAAUGUGCCUGAAGGUUCUUUUAUUGUUAGAGCACACACCCCAAUGUCGAAUUUGUUCUCAUGUCUUUGGUUCAACGAGGUUGAGCGGUUCACUCCCCGUGAUCAGCUAAGUUUCGCAUAUACAUACCAGAAGUUGAGAAGGACGAAUCCCGACAAACCCUUUUAUCUUAACAUGUUCAAGGACUGUGAGAGGAGAGCCGCAGCAAAGUUGUUUCGACAUAUAUCGGAUGAGAAGAGAAAUGUUCAACAAAAGGCAACAGUGUAAAAUGUAUGUUGUAUUAUCAAGCCUUAGCUGUUGAAUAUAAAAAAGAAAA